UUAAUAAUUAAAAAACACAUGGAAAAGAAAUAUUGAUGAAUGGUUAUUAAGAAACACCUGUUCUUUUGGCGGCGACGGCAGUAUCGGAGGCAGCAACGUUAGCGGCGUUGAUUGUGACAGUGCCCAAUCAGACCGAUAGCCUAACCAAUGCCGAAGGUGCAAGAAUUAGAUGAACGCCAUAACAAUGACGUCAGUGUCAAAAUGAACUCAUGGAUCAGAUAAAAUUAUUUUUAAUUAGCGUUAAGUUAACAUUAAACCAAGCGUGGGUUUAUUAAUUAAAAGUUAGUUCGAAUAUUGCCGCGCUCCAAGCAGAAGCUAGUAUAUAUGUGAAGACGCCGGAAAUCCAUCUAUAACCGGGAUGCAAAACAACAGUAACUGUUGUGUACAAGUACAGUAACAUUUCCGCCUUUUUAUUUCUUUAUUACAUACAAUUUACUGGCGAAAUGGUUUAACAUAUAGUGGAAAAAUUUACGUGAAACGUGGUUUAUUUUAAUCUUAUCACAGUCAUCAAUGUGGUUAUGAUACAGAGGGAUUGAAGAUGAAGAAUACUUGAUUUGCAAAAACAUAUAUCCAGGCUCACCAAAUUAGAGUUCAAUUAAAAAUAUGGGCAAUAAAAACAGUUGCUGUUCAUAUUCCAGUCCACAGACUAGUCACAGGGUUAUUAUCCCUAUUGAGGAUGGCUUGCAGGAGGGUGAGAGUAGUGUUAAUAAUUUACAACAUAUAAGUGAAAGAGAGACUGAUGAUGGGGAUGCUGAUCCAUCACAAGACCCUAUGGCAAAAACCAUUUUUAUGGAACGAUCUAAGGCUGCCAUUGAAAAUGGGUUAAUCCGAAGGAAAAGUCAACAUCAAAUUGCUGAUUUGAGGCCUCUUAAAAAGAGCAGUUCAUGUUCUACCAUUUACUUGGAUGACAGCACAGUCUCUCAACCUAAUUUAAAAAAUACAGUGAAAUGUGUUGCAUUGGCCAUCUACUAUCAUAUAAAAAAUAGGGAUUCGGAGAGACAAAUAGAAAUUUUUGAUGAGAAACAACACCCAUUAACAAGGGAUGGUGUCAAUGAUGAAUAUGACAAACACAAUCCAGAACAUAGACAGAUUUACAAAUUUGUAAGGACUCUAUUUAAUGCUGCCCAACUUACAGCUGAAUGUGCUAUAAUUACUUUAGUCUAUUUGGAAAGAUUAUUGACUUAUGCUGAACUCGAUAUUGCACCAUCCAAUUGGAAACGAAUUGUUUUAGGUGCCAUAUUAUUAGCAUCCAAGGUUUGGGAUGAUCAAGCAGUUUGGAAUGUGGACUACUGUCAGAUAUUGAAAGAUAUCACUGUGGAGGAUAUGAAUGAACUGGAGAGGCAAUUUUUGGAGCUGUUGCAGUUUAACAUUAAUGUACCAUCAAGUGUCUAUGCAAAAUAUUACUUUGAUCUGCGUACACUUGCAGAGGCUAAUGACUUAUCUUUUCCGAGUGAACCGCUCAGCAAGGACAGGGCUCAAAAACUUGAAGCUAUGUCUCGUGUCAUGGAAGACAAGUAUGCGGCGGAGGCAUUGAAGAAUGGCUUUAAAAAAUGGUCUAGUUUGGAUAACAUAAAUACGAACGGAGCAGGCGUCAGGAGAAGUGUCGCCAUAUUAUCAUGAUUCCAGAUAUAUUUUAUCCCACUAAUUUUCAAAAUUCAUAAUUAUUUUUCAAUAACCAAAGUGUGUCUAGUGAUUUUUUUUUUGUUGAAUUUCCUCUUUUAAUAUAUAUAAUAUGUAUGUAUAAAAGAGAGAACAGAUUUCAAAGUUUCUAUAGGGCCAAAAAGGGAGUAUAUUAUUUUAGGUUUCCUUAUUCAUAUUUGCAAAAUACCUUUAUUAUUGUGUCAAAUUGUGUGUAUUGUCUUCCAACAGAACAAAUAAUGUUACUUUGACCACUUUUUGAUUUAUUCUUUUUGUUUUCCAAUUAGAACAUGAAAUAAGUACUAAUUAUAUCUUUCU